AUGAAAACCAUCAACAUCCUAGACCCCCAGGCGGUAUCGGCUGAAGACGCCAUAGGGCUCCAUCACGUGGCCAAGCUUGUGUUCAAAGCUCGUCGAACCACCGUGUUGACGGGAGCAGGUAUCUCGUGCAAUGCAGGCAUUCCGGACUUCAGAUCCGACGACGGUCUUUACAACAUCGUCAAGGCAAAAUAUCCCAGUAGUUUCAUAAAGGGCCAGGACCUUUUUGAUGUAUCGUUGUUUCGUAGCAACGAGACGCUAUCCAUCUUCUGCACGUUCAUGGAGGGACUCUACAACUUUUCUUUGCAGGCCAAAGCAACAGAGACCCACCGCUUCAUCAAAACACUCAAAGAGAAAAAUAAGCUUUUGCGGUGCUACACACAAAACAUCGACAGUCUAGAGAAGAGAGUGGACUUGAAUUGUGGCAUCGACUCCAACGUGUUCAACGAAAUCGUACAUUCUUCGCAGAAGCAAUUCCGCCAAAAUUGGCUGGAGUUGGAUGUUGUCCAGCUCCAUGGCAACCUCCACAAACUUGCAUGUACACAGUGCCAGUUCCACUACGACUGGACCCCUGAAAAGCAACUGAAGCUCAAAGAGGGUGAGUACCCGGAGUGUGACAACUGCUACGCCAAGUACCAGGAAAGAUUGUAUUCUGGGAAAAGACUCACCGGAAACAUUGGUAUGUUGAGACCAAACAUCGUUUUGUAUGGCGAGAAUCACCCCCAAUCCGAAAUCUUGGCCAAGGGUUUGAACAUUGACAUUUCACUGAAAUGCGAUUUGCUUUUGAUCAUGGGAACUUCUCUCAAGGUCGAUGGUGUCAAGAAAUUGGUUCGUUCGAUAGCCAAAGGUGUUCGUGAGCGGGGUGGACAUGUAGUCUUUGUCAACAAAACCCCAGUGGCUAAGCAAUGGUCAAAGUGCAUCGAUUUUGAAGUUCUUUGUGACUGCGAUGACUUCAUUCGUGCACUUAAAACUGAAAUUCCCGACUUGUUCUUGACUCAAGAGCAACUCGACUCCAAGAAACUUCAGCCACGUCCCAAAAAGGAGGCCAAGGACGGCUUACACAAGUCGCCUUCCUUCAUCAACAUCAAAAAGGAAGAAGAGGGAACAGUUCUCACGCCGCCAAAUACCCCUGAGAAAAUACGCACAGUGUUACUUCCUAAGAGCCGAGGCAGCAAGGUCAAGAAGGAGUUGCUCCCUCUGCCAACCCCAAGCUUCACUGAAAUCAUCAAGGUCGAAAGCGACUGUGAUGGAGUCGACACAGACGUGGACGAUGUACCUUUGCAGACAUUUUCGGAGUCUGCUCUUAAUCGUAAACGUCCUAAUGUCAAGCAAGAGUCGAUGAACCAGAGUGAUCGCACGCUCAAGAGAGUCAAGGUUGAGGCUUGA